AUGUCUCCCACCCGCCUCCUCCAAAAACCACGAGUCGUCGCCCUCGGCACCCCCAAAUACAUCCCCUCCUCAUACCUGACCGAAUUCGCCAAAUCCUACAACUACUCCGUGCUCGAAGCCUACACGCGCGAAGCCACCAAAACCCUCCUCCCGCUAACCAUCGAACAAGACGGCCCCAUCGAUGCACUCAUCAUCCGCAUGGGCACGCCGCCCUACGAGCCCUUCGACGCCGACCUACUCUCCUCGCUGGCACCAGACUGCAAGAUAAUCACGUCGGCCAGCGCCGGCUACAAUGAAUUCGACGUCGAGUGGAUGGCCUCGCAGGGGAUCUGGUUCUGUAAUACCGUCGAUGCGGUGGCCGAGGCGACGGCGGAUAUGGCGCUGUUCUUGAUCCUGGCGGUGUUGCGGAAUACGACGAAUGCGGAGAGAAGUGCGAGACUGGGGUCUUGGAGAGUGCCAGCAGGCGAGGGGCUGGUACCGGGGAGGGAUCCGUCGGGGUUGACGCUGGGGAUUGUAGGACUGGGAGCGAUUGGGAAGUAUUUGGCGAAAAAAGCAGCCGUGUUUAACCUCAGGGUCAUCUAUCAUAAUCGAACCCAGCUGUCUGCAAAAGAAGAGGCCGCAUAUGGAGUGAGGUAUUGCGCCACGCUGCACGAACUCCUCGCUGCGUCGGACAUCGUGUCUGUUAAUUGCCCGCUGAAUGCCAGCACAACGGGCCUGAUUGGCGCAGCGGAGUUUGCAGCUAUGAAAGACGGCGCGUUCCUGGUGAACACGGCCAGAGGUCCGAUUGUCGAUGAACAGAGCUUGAUUGAGGCGCUGGAAAGUGGGAAGAUUGCUCGGGCUGGGCUCGAUGUGUUUGAGAACGAGCCGAGGAUAAACCCUUACUUCCAGAGCAGUGACAAGGUCAUCAUUCAGCCACACUUAGGCGGGUUAACGGAUAUGGCGUUCCAAAGGGCGGAAAUGGAGUGCUUUGAAAAUAUCAGGGCUUUCUUUGAGAAGGGCGAGCCGAAUUCGCCGGUGAAGAUGAUUCAUAACUAA